AUGCUGGAUGCGGAUCAGGAAGCUGUAACUGCCAGAAGACUUGCGGUGGCGUGUGCGGAGGCGGAGCAGCGGUCGUCGGUGGCUAUGCUUCUUGUAGCACUUGUCUACAGUCGUGCUAUGCUGGGUGUGGAUCAGGAAGCUGCAACUGCCAGAAGACCUGCGGUGGCGUCUGCGGAGGCGGAGCAGCGGUCGUUGGUGGCUAUGUAA